UAAGAAUUGAUUUUAUUUUCUUCAAUUCUAAAGUUGCGUUGCCUUGUUGAAUCGCCCGUCACUAAAAUCUUCUCCGAGAGCCCUCCUCCGAUCUGCCACUAGUUAUGGCGGAAUCGUCUGGUAAAACGCUAAUGGAUCUGAUCUCGGCAGAUCCAACCCCGGUUCCUGCACAAUCUACUUCUUCAUCCGCCUCUUCCACGGCGUCUCAGCCAUCUCCUGCUUCCGCAUCGGCGGCUUCACAUCUGCACCAUCCAAUGUCGACGAAGACGACGCUGGGUGAGAAGAAAUCGAAGAGAGCCACUUUGAUGCAGAUCCAGAACGACACUAUAUCUGUUGCCAAAGCUGCACUGAAUCCUGUUAAGGCUAAUAUCAUGCCACAGAGGCAGAGACAGAAAAAGAAGCCAGUUUCCUAUUCGCAACUUGCAAGGAGCAUUCACGAAUUAGCUGCCACCUUGGAUCAGAAAAGUUCUCAGAAACAACUAGUGAAUCACGUGUUCCCUAAGCUUGCUGUGUACAACUCCGUUGAUCCUUCUCUGGCCCCAUCUCUUCUUAUGCUUAAUCAGCAAUGUGAAGACAGGAAUGUGCUACGCUAUGUCUAUUAUUACUUAGCUAGAAUUUUGUCUGAUACGGGCAUGACUCCAGGGGGUGGUAUCCCCACUCCAAACUGGGAUGCUCUAGCAGAUAUUGAUGCUGGUGGAGGAGUCACAAGAGCUGAUGUUGUUCCUCGGAUAGUGAAUCAACUUACAACCGAAGCUACAAAUUCUGAAUUCGAAUUUCAUGCUCGACGACUGCAAGCUUUAAAAGCUCUGACAUAUUCACCGUCAGGCAAUUCUGAGCUUUUGUCAAAAUUGUAUGAGAUUGUAUUUGGCAUCCUUGAUAAGGUUGGUGAUGUUCCGCAUAAACGAAAGAAAGGGGUCUUUGGGACAAAAGGGGGUGAUAAAGAUUCGAUUAUGCGGAGUAACUUGCAAUACGCCGCUAUGAGUGCACUGAGAAGACUCCCGAUUGAUCCAGGAAAUCCACUUUUUCUGCAUCGUGCAGCCCAGGGUGUUUCCUUUGCUGAUCCUGUUGCGGUGAGGCAUUCGCUGGAGAUUCUAUCUGAGUUAGCCACAAGAGACCCCUAUACAGUAGCAAUGACAUUAGAAAAGCUUGCGUCUCCAUUACCAGAAGCACCAUCCUUGUCAUACAAGGAUAAAUCUCACAAAACUAAGCGUCCACAGCCUCUUAUUAAGCUUGUAAUGAGGAGGUUAGAGAGCUCAUUUCGCAGUUUCUCAAGACCAGUACUUCAUGCAGCAGCAAGGGUUGUCCAAGAAAUGGGAAAGAGCAGGGCAGCAGCAUUUGCUAUGGGAUUACAGGACAUUGAUGAAUCCGUUCAUGUAAAUGCAUUUUCUGACGCUGUAGAUGAUGGUGAGACCAAUGAAAAUUCUCACCCAGAAGGAAUUCGGAGAACAUCAUCCAUAUCUGCAGGGCCUGGUCGCAAUGAUACAAUUGCAAGUUUACUGGCUGCAUUAAUGGAGGUGGUUCGAACAACAGUAGCAUGCGAGUGCGUGUAUGUCCGGGCAAUGGUUAUCAAAGCAUUGAUAUGGAUGCAAAGUCCGGAUGAAUCGUUGGAUGAGUUGAAAUCAAUCAUUGCCUCAGAGCUUUCAGAUCCUGCUUGGCCCGCAGCUCUUGUUAAUGAUGUUUUGCUUACUUUGCAUGCUCGCUUUAAGGCAACUCCAGAUAUGGCUGUUAUUCUUCUCGAAAUUGCCAGAAUAUUUGCUACCAAAGUUCCGGGGAAAAUCGACGCUGAUGUCUUACAGCUGCUUUGGAAGACAUGUCUUGUUGGAGCCGGUCCUGACGGGAAGCACACAGCUCUGGAAGCCGUCACGAUAGUACUCGAUUUACCACCUCCACAGCCGGGGUCCAUGGCAGGACUGACAUCAAUUGAUAGGGUCUCUGCAUCAGAUCCCAAGUCAGCUCUCGCGCUGCAGAAAUUGGUGCAAGCAGCAGUAUGGUUCCUUGGAGAAAAUGCAAACUACGCCGCUUCUGAAUACGCCUGGGAAUCUGCAACUCCACCGGGCACUGCACUUAUGAUGUUGGAUGCAGAUAAAAUGGUUGCCGCUGCCAGUUCUCGCAAUCCUACCCUUGCUGGUGCAUUAACUCGCCUCCAGAGAUGUGCCUUUAGUGGAAGCUGGGAGGUCCGAAUUGUUGCAAUUCAAGCUCUUANGGACCUAUUUAAUACUUGUCAGGUCAAUGAAUUCCUUGCUGGAGUCGGAACAGAUGCACCAGAUGUUGAGGAGGAGAAUGUCUUCUCUAGACCUUCAGUUGGCUAUGAUGACAUGUGGGCUAAGACUCUUUUAGAAACUUCAGAAUUGGAGGAAGAAGAUGCUAGAUCAGGUUCAUCGUCUCCAGAUUCUACUGGAUCAGUGGAAAGUUCCAUAUCAUCUCACUUUGGUGGAAUGAACUACCCAUCAUUGUUCAGCUCAAAGCCUUCCUCACAAGCAACGGCAAAAUCGGGUGGAAGCAAAUACCAGUCCACAUAUGAAGGCUAUGGUUCCCCAAUUAGAGAAGAGCCUCCUCCGCCUUAUUCAUAUUCUGAGCCACAAAGUCGUGAAUCGUUUGAGAACCCUGUAGCAGGGUCUGGUUCUCGAAGUUAUGAAUCAGAUGAUGAAGAACCUAGGAAAUCUACUGGUACAAGAUUUGGAACAGCGCUCUAUGACUUCACCGCAGGAGGAGAUGAUGAGCUAAACUUGACGGCAGAGGAGGAAUUGGAGAUAGAGUAUGAAGUUGAUGGCUGGUUUUACGUAAAGAAGAAGCGGCCUGGAAGAGAUGGGAAGAUGGCAGGACUUGUUCCUGUUCUUUACGUCAAUCAGUCUUGAAUUGGUUUUUCUUGGGAACGGCUUUAGACGUUAGUAGCCAACACUAUGGACAUCUUAAGUGGACUGCUUAGAUGCCAAGACAUUAUGAUUUAUGAUUUCCUUGAGAGUUAGUGUAAAAUCAUGUACAUGAGGGAAUGUAUUUGUUGGGGUUUGAUAUGUAUGUGUAUGUCUUUGGACACUUGUUGUUCCCAUGCUUUUGAUUGGUCAACUAAGUUUUUACUGAAAAGAACAUUACACCGAGUUUGACUAUUGUAACACUGAUUUCAUUUACAUUAUUUUUAAUCUACU